UAUGCAGCAGCGCAAAGAAGAGCGAGAGGCAGCGCGCUGGAAUUUGGCAACAGAGCUUACAUGCAUCACAACUCUUCCGAUGGCUAUAUGGAUUGACACAGCGCCCACUGAGAUGAAGUAUAGUGAGAAGAUUAAUUGAAGAGGGGACUCUCUCCUCACUGUUCUCAUGUCUAAAAGAUAGCAGAGGAGGAAACGGCCACACGGGAGUGUGUCUGGCUGUGUGUGGGUUUCCACCACUCCUGUUAUUUGAACUGUUGUUAUUGUUCAACACACACACAAACAUCCUGCCAAAAUGUCACGGAGGGAACGGUCGUGGUCGGUGUACAGGUCGAACACUUUUGAGCUUUCCUCAGAGAUGCUUGGACUAGCAUUGGAAGGAAACAGUCAAGAUCCAGAUGAGCCAGUACUGGAGUUCAGUCUUGUCUGUAGUGAGCUGACCACACCGUCUUUGGACCGAAAACCCAACAGUUUUGUUGCUGUGAGCUGUACCACACCUCCUCAGGCUUUCUGGACCAAACAUGCACAGACAGAGAUCAUUGAGGGUACAAGUAAUCCCAUGUUCCUCAGCAGUGUGGCUUUCUUCCAAGACUCCCACAUUAACCAGCACACACAGGUCAAGCUCUCUGUGUACGAUGUAAAAGAUCGCUCACAAGGAACGAUGUACCUUCUUGGCUCAGCGAUGUUUCCAGUGAAGGAUCUUCUGCUAGAAAAGAACCAUAGACUAAACUUACCUCUCAGGUCAGCAGAAAACAAGCAUGUGGGUAGUAUUACAGUCAUUGCCUGGCAGCUAGAGGAGAAGAGAGAUCAGCAUACACCUAUCAAACAACUACAAGACACCAUCAAUGGCAGGACUGUCCUCUCCGUGGAUGAGAGUCUGACAGAAUCUGUGGGAGUCCGAGCGAAAUACGCCUCUCUGUGGAAAGACUCUUUUCUUCGAUCUGUGUUUGGUGGCACCAUGUCACGUAUGUACCGUUUUCCAACCACUGAUGGGAAUCAUUUACGGAUCCUGGAACAGAUGGCUGAGAGCGUCCUGUCACUUAACAUCCCACGACAGUUCGUCAAACUCUUACUGGAAGAGGAUUCCUCGAGAGUAUCUGAGCUGGAGGAGUUAGGGGAGUUAUCACCGUGUUGGGAGAAUCUCAGACGGCAAAUUGUGACGCAGUACCAGAGCAUCCUUCAGACCUAUCAGGAUACACACACAGACCUGCAAGACUACAAAGGUCCAUCAUUUAAAGCCAGUAAUCUGAAAGCAGAGAGGAAAUUGGAAUUUAUGCCUACCAAUCUUCAUGUGCAGAGAAUGAGGGCUCAGGAUGAGUCUGGCUGCGAUCACACCUAUGAUGUGGUUACGAUCGGGGCCCCUGCAGCUCACUGCCAGGGCUUCAAAACUGGUGGUUUGCGGAAACUAUUACAGAAAUUUGAGGAGGCAAAAAAAGUCAUUUAUGAGGAGGAAUGCAGUGCUCUGUCCAGCUCCCAGUCCAUAGUCUACAUCCCUCAGGAUAUUAUCCGUGCCAAAGAGAUCAUCUCCCAUAUCAACACGCUCAAGACUCAGGUCAGCUACUACGCUGAGCGCCUGUCUCGUGCCGCUAAAGAACGCUCCGCUAACAGCAUGGAGAGAACCCUCGCCAUCCUAGCGGAUAAGACACGGCAGCUGGUGAUGGUGUGUGACUGUAAACUGCUGGCGUCUGCAGUGCAGGCCCUGAACGCAGCUAGACCCGAGUACAUCGCCUCUAAAAACUCGCCCUCUGCUGACUCAGAGCAGGUGGUGCUGAGGAAUGAUCAGGACACACUACUGGCCAAAUGGAGUGGCAGAAACAGUCGUUCGUCCCUCCAUGUUGAUUGGCAUGAGGAAGAGUGGGAAAAGGUGUGGGGGAAUGUUGACAAAAGUCUGGAGUGUAUCAUCCAGCGAGUGGACAAACUGCUGCAGAGGGACCGUUUGCACAGCAGCAGCAGUGAGGACAUGUUCCAGACUGACCAGCAAAGUGGCACCAGUAAGAAAGGUAAUGGGAAAACAAAAGCCUUCUGGAUCAACCCUGUCUGCAUGGAGGAGCCUUCCUCUGUCCCUGAACCGCAACAACAGUCACCUUCACCAUCUUCACCACCCGAUCUGAACCCUGCAUGCCCUGUUAAUGCAGAAACACAUGCCUAUGGCAGCAGCAGCAGUGGAGAGGAGAGUUACCCAGGUGAGUGGAGCGAGGCUCUGUAUCCCCUCUUGACGACCCUAACAGAGUGUGUGGCCAUGAUGAGCGACAAAGCCAAGAAGUCAAUGGUUUUCUUGCUCAUGCAAGACAGCGCACCCACCAUCGCAAUGGACCUCAACCUGCAGUACCGCCGAGACGUGGUCUUCUGCCAGACACUCACAGCACUAAUUUGUGGCUUCAUCAUCAAACUGAGAAACUGUCUCCGUGACGAUGGUUUCCUGAGACAGCUUUACACCAUCGGUCUGCUCGCUCAGUUCGAGUGCCUAUUAAGUACUUAUGGAGAGGAGUUAGCCAUGUUAGAGGACAUGAGCAUAGGAAUAAUGGAUCUUCGAAAUGUGACGUUCAAGGUGACGCAGGCCAUCUCUACCUCUUCCCCCGACAUGCUGCCGGUGAUCACCGGAAAUAGAGACGGGUUCAACGUUCGCAUCCCGCUCCCGGGAAGCAUGUUUGAUGCAUUGCCAAGGGAGAUCCAGAAUGGCAUGCUGCUGCGGGUACAGCCGGUGCUGUUCAACGUGGGCAUCAACGAGCAGCAAACGCUCGCCGAGAAGUUUGGAGACACGUCGCUUCAGGAGCUCAUCAAUGUGGAGAGCCUGGCACGUCUUAGCUCUUACUACCAGCAGUUCAAAGAGGUUUUACCUGACGACUGUCUUCCUCGCUCUCGUAGUCAGACGUGUCUCCCAGAGCUGUUGCGGUUCCUUGGUCAAAAUGUUCAUGCUAGGAAAAAUAAAAAUGUAGACAUCUUGUGGCAGGCUGCAGAGAUUUGUCGGCGACUAAAUGGAGUACGUUUUACCAGCUGUAAAAGUGCCAAGGACCGCACUGCUAUGUCAGUGACUUUGGAGCAGUGUCUGAUCCUGCAGCACGAGCAUGGCAUGGCCCCGCAGGUCUUCACCCAGGCCCUCGACUGCAUGCGCAGCAUUGGGACCAGGGAGGGGGUAACUCAGAAGAACCUGAGCGGCUUAUUGCCCGUACGUGACUUCAGGCUGGACCCCAGUCUGCUCUACUCUCUGCCCCUUCUGGCCCUGAGCCCAAACCUGCUCAUCGUCUGGGUGUUCCUCAGCAUAGCCUACCUGCUGGCCAAACUCCGCUGCAGCUGAGCCUGAGACCCCCUUUUCCAUUUUUCUUUCUCUCUUUCCCUCACCCUGGCUAUCUCAGCACUUCCUUUCUCUGUUUUUCUGUUUCUUCGUCCUCUGGGUGAGGAGCUGUGUGCAGACAAUGCUGAAUUCUUUGUGGUUGUACAGCUCUUCUCUCUAACAGCCAAUCUAAAGGUCUUGGUGGUCAUUUCUGCCUUACCUCUCUCUCUCUCUCUCUCUCUCUCUCUCUCUCUUGCUCAAGUAAUCAUGGAUGAGAAAAGUUUGUAAAAUAAUUUGUGACAUAUAACAAAUAUUCUGAUUAUUUUAGAGGGUUAAUUGAA